CCAACCAAAACGCGUACUGGAUUCUACUCUGAGCACGGCCACUCUCUGUCUCACAUCCGACCCAUCACCAAACAUCCUGGUUCAUCGGUCACAACGUUCUUCAAUGGGGUAUUCAGAACCAUCAUCGGCAUAGCGACACUAGGCGCGAGCAUCACCUUCUCCUACGUCUUGUCCAACAACACCUCCACCCCUCGGGCGAGAAAGCCAGUCUUCAACGUGGACCAGAUCCAAGAAUUCCUAGCCAUCAGCUGGCUCCUGUUCCUUCUUGCGUUGGCGAUUGCCUCACUCGGCUCGACUAUCUUGACCUUCUUCAAAGACCACUGGAUUGCGGACUGGGAUGGGCUGAAUGGGAAGACUUCGCAACGGAGUGUUCAGAGGUAUGCUAUCUUCGCUGCGGGCCUGAUGGCCGCUCUUAUCGUCGGAGCUUUCGUGCUGCUCUGCCUGGUGGUGGUUGCAUAUACCGCUGUGGUUGGGUGGGUUGCUUUGGGGUUUACUAGUCUUUUUGGAAUUAUCAUCCUUCUGGCACUGAUAAAUCAAGCCCCAUGGCCCUGGAGGGAUAAUACGCCGUCUCCGAGCCCAACACAUCGCAUCGCUGGAGAU